CACCUGGCCGCCAGUUGCCGUUUCACUUUCGUUCGGUUCGGUGCGUUCAGCAUCUCUCCAAGGGUGUCAACCCCGCGCGCUGGUCGAUCGGUCGAGUGUGUAGCUAGAACUUUGCCUGCGAAUUCCCAGUUCAAGUUCGUGCGUCCGUGCAACUGCUCGAGAAGAGAUGAUGCUCAAGAUCGCCGCUGCUUGCCCUUGAUGGUCCGCGAGGAAGAAGUGCUAAUUUUUUGCAGGUGGUCCACGCAGACCACGCUGCCACGCCAAGUGCCGCAAGUUGACCGUGAAGAUCGUGCUUGCGCAGUUUUGGCGUUCAACUGACAGUCGGGCCGUGAAGAUCAGUGCGUCGUUUGGGGGUCGUUUCUUUGGGGUGGACCAGCAGUGUUGCCAGCAUGAGUUUGGCGGAUAACUUUACGGACUUUGCGGCCGGAUCGCGGUUCGUGUUCCAGAUGGCCGUCGAGGAGUACCACACCGGCCGGAACUGGUCCGGUCUGCUCGACCGGUACUGGCUGAUCGUGGAGGAGCUGAUCGCGGACCCCCGCGCCAAGGAGCUGCCCCUGAUGGCCGACCCGCUGCCCACGUGUGGCCUGAUCAUCUGUUACCUGCUUUGGGUCCUGCUGAUCGGUCCGAUGUACAUGCGCGACCGGAAGCCCAUGGACCUGCGGCGUGUCAUCAUCUUCUACAACCUGUUCCAGGUGCUCCUCAGCGGGUACAUGUUUUACGAGCACUUGAUGGCGGGAUGGUUGCGAGGGUACAGCUUCUCGUGCCAAACGGUGGACUACGACGAUGGACCCCUAUCCAGGAGGAUGUUCAACCUGUGCUACGUGUACUACCUGUCCAAGCUGACCGAGUUUGCGGACACGGUGUUCUUUGUGCUGCGGAAAAAGCAGUCCCAGAUUACGGACCUGCACGUGUACCACCACUCGCUGACACCGAUGGAGGCCUGGAUUCUGACCAAAUUUAUCGCCGGUGGCAACGCGACCUUCCCCAAUAUCAUCAACAACUUUGUGCACGUGCUGAUGUACUUUUACUACAUGCUGUCGGCGAUGGGACCCCGCUACCAGAAGUACCUCUGGUGGAAGAAGUACAUGACCGAGGUGCAAAUCAUCCAGUUCAUCCUGUGCAUCGGCCACUGCAUCAACGCCCUGGUCACCGGAUGUCCCUUCCCGCGGUUCAUCUCGACGCUGCUGCUCAUCAACGCGUCCAUCUUCCUGGCGCUGUUCAUGAACUUUUACAUCCAGAGCUACAAACGAAGACCGAAGGCCGUCGUGGCGGGUUCGACGGUGGAAAAGGUGGAAGAACCGGUCCAGGAAGCGCCGAUGGAGGUUAAAGAAGUCAACAACAAUACCGUUGAGUCGGUUGAGCUGCUGGAAAAGCAGGAGAAAUCCGACGAUGUUCCUGUGGAGGAAUUGAAGCAUGCCGAGGAAGUUAGUGAAGAGACUUGCGAGGAAUCCGUUGUGGAAGAGUUGGUGGAGCCUGCCCUUCCAAAGGAUGUUACGGAAGCAGUUGAAGGCCUGCGUCAGAGGAUAGUUACGCUGGAUGAACUUAUUCCGGAAGAUCGGCCCAGCAGGGUCGAGGAGGUCACCAAGUAAACCAGACAUAGAUAGGGCAACUAGCUUUAUGGUAUUAAAUUAGGUGCAAUCAUGACAAAUAACAGACCGAACGAGGUAAUGUAGAUUCUAGCGUAGAUUCCUAAGAGAAGGGACGAGUUCAAGAGCCAAUUUAACUGUUUGCAUAAGUAUAAAACAUGGUUCAAAAUCGUCCACCAAGCUGCCUCACAGCUUCACCUUGCAUAGCGAAAUGCUUCGGCUAAGUAAGCUUAACUUUUCCAUCAUUCACUUAGGAAAAUCUAGUCUGUAACACUUGUUUUUUGCUCAAAGAACCAAGUAGACAAGUAAGAAACUGUAUUGCUCAAACCUUUUCCCCCUGAAUUCGAACGCCCCCAAUCCAGCUUUAAAACGCUCCCCCCCCCUUCCAUCUGUGGCGGUUUUCCCAUCCGGGGAAAAUGUGCCCCCUAGAUUGGCCGUUCCCAAACAUCCUUCGCCAUCCGGCGAAGGUUGAAAGCAAUUGUGGCGUUGUUGAGUUUGGCAUGGGGGCUUUUAAAAUGUGUGUCUAUUUUCGCGAACGUAUUUCUUUUUCUUUAGCUGGCUAUUUUAGAGUGUAAGACAAUGUGACUGAACUUGGCAGGUCAGCGUAGUAAAUUAAGAAUUUAGAGCCAGGUAGUUGCGGUUGAUAGUGGAAUCCUUCGUUAACUGCCACAAUAAGCUAUGUGUAAAUGAAUGGAUUGCUAAUAAAAUGAAAAAU